AUGGCAGCUAGCAGAAGGGAAUCCUAUCCCAGGUUCAUGAACCAAUCAACAGCAAUAAGACCAAACUCAGCAGUUGAUAUCACCUGUCAGAUGACACCAGAUCUUCAGAAUGGCAAUAAAAACACAUUAACAGCUCCUUAUUGUCCAACAUGGAGAUCUACAAUGUCUUCUCAUGCUGACAGUGGACAUGGUUGGAGUGAAGGAGACACAGGACAUGCAGAAGAGAUGACAGAUCAGCUAAUUCCACAAUUCUGCAAGCCACAUGGGAGCUCUUGGCCAGAUGUUCCUACUACUAUGAUACAUGAUCCCAACUUCGGUAGGAGUGCUGAGGAGAUGGCAGCUAGCAGAAGGGAAUCCUAUCCCAGGUUCAUGAACCAAUCAACAGCAAUAAGACCAAACUCAGCAGUUGAUAUCACCUGUCAGAUGACACCAGAUCUUCAGAAUGGCAAUAAAAACACAUUAACAGCUCCUUAUUGUCCAACAUGGAGAUCUACAAUGUCUUCUCAUGCUGACAGUGGACAUGGUUGGAGUGAAGGAGACACAGGACAUGCAGAAGAGAUGACAGAUCAGCUAAUUCCACAAUUCUGCAAGCCACAUGGUGGACAGGUCAACAAAAUGGAUAAGAGACACAUAGAAGGAAACUUUAGCUACCCAAAUGAAUCAACAACAAUUUCAGCAAGAUGUUUUUCAAAAGCAACAAAUAAUCCCAACAAUCUAUUUAGAAUGGAAACAGAACAAAAAUCUCAUCAUUUAUCAGAUAGCAUUCAAAUUACUCACAAUGCCAGACCACUGCCUCCAGUACCUCACAAAUUACACUGA